CUGAUUGCCGUUCAACUGAUUUUUAAAAAUGGGAAAACACAAAUCAACAUUUCAGUAUGAAGUUAUUCUUAAUUUUAUGCAGGCUAACGAAAAUCUGGCGCGUGGAUUUGCCAAAGGCGAUCGUGUGGCUGCAGAAGCUAAAUGGAGCGAGCUUGCCGGUGCAUUGAACGCAAUUGGGCCUCCAAUUAAAGAUGUUGCGGGAUGGAAAAAGGUUUGGUGCGAUUGGAAGGCCAAUAUUCGCAAGAAAAUUGCCCAUAAUAAGGCAGAGGUCAGGGCUACAGGCGGGGGUCCUUACUGCCAGCAACCGCUGACAGCCAUGGAGGAGGACGUGGCAAAGCUCUGCGGGCUUUUUGAGAUGGUGAUAGAUAGAAGAAGAGGUGGCUAA